GGCAACUGAACACAAGAUGCUGCUGAUCAGAGGAACAAGGAGGAUUAUGAGCAGAUUUUUAGGAUAAGUCUGCAUGCAGCAAAACAAAGAUGCCUACGCUCAAAAAAGGCUUCCAACAGGACGUAAGGAUGAAGCGGUUCAUGGCCAUGUUAAACAGGAAUAAAAACAAGGAUCCCCCACCUGCCAAGCUGCUGGAUCUAGCAGGACAGCUUUGCCAGGACCUCCAGAGCUCGUCUCCUAGUCUGGAGAAGCUGGUUGGGGCCAUGAUGGGAUGCAAACACAAGAUGUAUUUUCUCACUAACAUCCACAUUGUCCGAGCUUGCGUGUUCGUUCAUAUCCAUAAUGGGCAGCAUGACACAGCCUGCAGACUCCUGGAGUAUUGCAAGGCAGAAGAGAAGGAGGAGCUGGUGCAACUUUGGCAUGAGAUUCACUACCGGAGGGUUAUGGAGAAACACCACACGGAUUUUCUGACACCACUGCAGAAAUUCCGUUGCAGGAAGAGGAAUCCUCCACCUAUUUCCCUUUGUCCUGAAGGUUUGAAGAAUCGAAACUAUUCAGAUGAAGUACGACAGCAACUGCACAGGUUUGCUGCAGAGGUGACAACAAAUCCAAACAAGAAACAGCGGGAGGGAUUGGCUCGGGACAUGAACCUGCAGCCAACUCAGGUCUAUAAUUGGUUUGCAAAUUAUCGGCGACGUCAAAAAUCCUGCCUCCCUCGUACGGAAAAGCUCAACAACUCAUGUCCUGAGAGGGCUUUGACUUACCACACGAAGGAGCAGCAGGAUAAAGGAUCCUACACUCCACAACCUGCAGAUGGAUCUUGUGUAAGCAUCUGCUCUGAGCAAAUGGAGAUAACCCUCAUGCCCUGUGACCCAGGGUGGGAGCAGUCAGCUGCAGAUCUGGAUAAGCCUCCUGAAGGAACUUAUUUAAAGAUGCUGGAAUCCAGCUUUAUGCAGAGCAGUGAGUUGUAUGAAGCGAGGACAAGCAAGGCUUUGUUGACCACUCAGAACACUGAACAACCUGUAGCUUUUUGCACUGAGGCUAUGCUGGAACCAGGAACCUGCUUUAACUCUGCUGUCCUGCAGCCCAGAGAAGUAGCAAGCAGUACUGAUGCCAGCCCCCAGCUGGAUAACUUUGUCCUGUGCUCUUGCGGGUCUCUUACCUUCCCGGAUGAACGACUGGUCAUGUGGCAGGCCCCUUCCAGCACCAGAGGAGUCUCUGGCUCCAUGUGGACCCCAAGUAUAGAAGUUCCUGUCAGACUGUGUUUGGCAAGCCUCAGUGCCCACCUGUUUCUGCACCCUGCAUGGAAGAAAGCCAAGCCUUGGGACAAAGCCAGGUCCUGGAGAAUCCAGUUGGUGACCCAUUAACCAAUGACACGUUCUGGGCAGCUUGGCUGCUCUUUGAAUUCUCAGCCGGGGGACGAAUGUGACCUGCCUGCAGAGAUGCUCAGUGUGGUCUGCACUUCCCCAGGAAACGCCCCAUCCUUUUCCUGGUUUUUUUUUUCCUUUUUUUUUUUUUAAAUGAAUGAGGGUUUGACAUGGAGAUGAAUAGAGAGAGUGAGGUAGAAGGAUGAAGGCUUUUUCUAAUAGUUACAAAGUUUGUUUUAGUUACAGUUUUACUAAGAAUUUUGCAAAGGAUAGAAGAAACCAAAGGUGCAUUGUGGAUUGUAGGUUUUUACUGGAGCAGUCUGAAGCUGCACUGUAGAUGCUAAAAAUAUCAAGUCACUAGUUCUGUGGCAGUUACAUAUUUCUACCCGUAGCACUGGUCAGAUCUGAGUCCUUCAUUACAUCAUGAAGGUAAAUGAAGCUCCUGUACUCAAAAAGAGUAAAAUUUAGUUGCAUUGCCUAGCAGUGGAUAUUGGAUAACUUUUUCUCAGGCCUGGAAAAUAAGGUCUCAGCUAAGUGCUGGUAAUAUACUGCUAUUUCUCUUCUCUGUAUUUCUGUUGUACUGCUGUGUGUAACUUCUGGAGUGUUCCAUGCUCUGCAGUGUCACAGAUGACACAAACUGGAGCGUGGUAGAAUUUUCAGUGCUAAAGUUAAUGUUUUUGCAGGAUUGGGGGAGGGCAUACCAGUGUGUCGGUAUUUAAUACUACCUGCAACUCAGAUUGCCCAGGAAGGAAGGAUGAAUGGAGGAGGUGGGAGCCGCAGAACCCUCUUGAUCCAUUUUCAGUCCCCAGAUCUGGGGGGACUGAAACUGCCAAGGCGAUUGUGUCACCCUUCGGGUGGUCUGCGGCAGUCUGACGCCAGGCAGCAGCAAGCGAGCACAUCCUAUUCAGACAAGUGCCCUGCAAAGCAGCGUGAGUUGUGCAGACUGUUUCCUACACACCGUAGGAAGUGUGGGGCUAAUACUGUAUUUGGCUGAAGGCUGCUUACUCCGCGGGGGUAAGCCAUUUCACUGCAGCUCUCAUGGGGAGCGUGCGCAACUCUGUUCCUUUUGCCCAGUACUUUUCCUUCCUUAACCCAGCCUCAAGGCUGCCUGUUACACUCCUCCAUCUCAUGCUGCUCACAAAUCAGGAGCCCUGUUUUCUUUCUCUUAGAGACUAAAAAGCAGAAUUGUGUAUGAGAGCAUUAGGGCAUGAGUAGCAAAGCAGACCGUUGAUGCAGGUUUAAAACUAAUGCUGCAAGUCAUUGGGCAGUCUUUUGGGUAUUUUCCCUAAGUAUUACUGCUGUUUUUUAAAUAUGAAUUGCAAAAGGAGUAGACCUUGCCAAAACUCCAGCCCUGAAGUAGAUGCCUCCAGUACCUUUUGUAAUAAAGUUAGCAAAUAAAGCUUAUGAAUGACUCUUUCUCCAGGGUUAAUUUUUCAAGGUAAGGGUGUGAAGUGAUUAUUCACACAUGGUAUUUAAUUGUACAUUAAAACCUG